CCAGCAGGCCCCAGAGCCCCGGGCAGGGGGACGCGCGGCCCAGUGCUUGCCCCUGCGUGGUGGCUGCCCCGGGCCACGGAGGGGCCCGCUGGGGCCACGGGAAGGGCUCAGGGCCAGCACAGGGCUGAGGGGCCGCCGGCGGGCUCAGCGCCGCGUCGGGCGAGGCUGCUGUGCCUGCCCCUUCCAGCCCAGCCCCACCUUAGCUGGUUAAACUGGUUUGAAGUCCAGACGGCGGCGGGGAGAGACUGUGGAAGUGUUUCGCAGACUCCCAGCCGAGCUUCCGCCGCUGCGCGGCCCCCAGCCCUAUGGCCCCCCACUUCUUUCCAAGGUGAAGCGGGAAGGACAGGAACCCAGUCCACUCUCAACACCCCAAAACGCAGGAGAGUUUCUUGCCAGCCCCCAGCUGCAUCCCCAGCGCUCUCAUGGCUGCUGCUGACCCCAUCCUGCCCCCUGAGGAGGUGGCUCUGCUGGAGCUGGGGAAGGUAGCCCUGCCUGCCCCCCUGGACAAGGUGCCAUCAGCCCUGGAUGAACACCCAGGGGACCCUGAUGCCACCCUGCCAUGGGACCGGUCCCAGCACAGCACCCAGGGCCAGCCAGAGCCGGCGGAGACGAAGAGGCGCUCAAGUCCUGAAGGAGGCCACGAAGCCCCUGAGGAGGCUGCUCUCACCUGCCCCCCAGCUGAGGCCGAAGACGAGGAAGCCCCUGGGCUCCCCGUGAUGGCAGCCCAUGUCUUUGUGCCCAUCGACCCACAGUGCAUUGAGCGGACACCCGGCAAGCAGAAGAAACAACCUGCCCCGUGGCCCCGGGAGGAGGGCAAGGGGGACUACGUCCCCCACGACAGAGCCGACGGCCUCCGCCAGAAGCAGGUCUUCCUCCCCCUCGGCCCCUCGCGCUACAGGGACCCACGGGGCUUCGAGGGGCGAGCGGCCAAGCCACCGACCGAGGGGCCACGGUGCCCGUGCGCCAGGGACUGCAGCACCGACAACCUCAAGGCCGUGGCCUCAGUGGUGGGGGCCCUGCUCCUCUGCCCCUGCCUUGUCUACGGGGCCUACGCUUUCCUGCCUUUUGACGCCCCGCUGCUGCCCACCGUCAGCGCCCGCCUGGUCUACACCCUGCGCUGCGCUGCCUUUGCCACCUUCCCCAUCGUCCUGGGGAUGAUCAUCAGCGGCAUCUCCCGCCUCUGCUCCUCGGCGCUGGAGCCCUUUGGGGAGCUGCAGCGGGAGGUGGAGAUCCACCGCACCUACGUCUCCCAGUCUGUCCACCUCUUCAUCCUCUACUUCUUCAACAUGGCUGUGCUGGCCACCUACCUCCCCCAGGAGGUCCUCAAGCUCAUCCCCCUGCUCACAGGGCUCUUCGCCAUCUCCCGGUUGAUUUACUGGCUGUCGUACGCCAUCGGGCGCUCCUUCCGCGCCUUCGGCUUCAGCAUGACCUUCCUGCCCCUCCUGGCCAUGCUACUCUGGAACCUUUACAGCAUGUUUGUCCUGGAGCACGAAAACCUCCUCGCUGUGGCGACGCCAAAGCCCGAGGACCACUCCAAGGACAGCAGGGCCAAACUCCGCUACUGGGGGUGAGGGAGGCCCCGGGGAGAUGGGGUGCCCGGACGCCACGGUGCAGAGGGGUUGAGCUCUCCUCGCUGCCUUGUCUUGUGAGCCCUAAAGGUGGAGGGGUGUGGGCAGACCUGGCUGGGCCCCUGCUCCCUGCCCAGACCCAGCAAGGGUUUGCUGGGCACCCGGCGUUGAUAGAGCCAAGGUGCAAACCCCUCUGCACUGGGAGUUUUCUGCAGGAGGGCGAACGGGGCCUGGAGAAAGACCCAGGGACCCCCGUUCCAUGAGGAUGGGGUGGGGUGGGAUUUGCCUGAGCUGCUGGAGCUGGCUUUGCCCAAUAAAACUCUUCACCAAGUGGUUCUGUGGCUGGUUUGGGGAGGGUGGGUUAAAUUCCCCUCAGAAUCACUGCUGCCAGGACUGGUAGCUUCGCCCACAGUAUGUCAACAUCCAGCCCCAAAAUGGUGUUCCCAAGAGGGGAGAAAAUGGUUUUUCCCACAACUGUCCAUCUCCCAGCGCCCUCCAGCCCUGCACCCUGCUCCUGGCUCCCUGCAGGGUGGGGUGGCCAGUCCCGCCCAGCUGGUCCCUCCUCCUCUUGCUCCUGGUGGAGGUUCAGCACCUGGCUCACAAAGCAGCUGGCCGGGUAGGAGGGAGGGGGCCCUGCCCCAAGAAGGGAGGCG